AUGAAGCGGCGCGUGAACACUCUUGCAUCCACAACAACCACAAAGAAGCGGCGCGACUGGAAGGAGGCUGAGGAGGAGGAGGAUGGCGCUGAGGCAGGGCCACUGCCAGACAGCGACGACGAACCCAAGGCUGAGAACUCCAAGCCUGAGGAAAAGACGGCAGCAAAAGCCGCGACAGGUAUUCCAAACCCGGUUGUUUGGUUCGAGAUCUCAGUUGCUGACAAGCCCCGCGGCCGCUUACAUUUUGAGCUCUUCCGGGAUCUGCUGCCCGUGGCAGCGGAGAACUUCCGGAAACUCUGUGCAGGCUAUGCUGAUGAUGGUGGGAAGAAGAUCAGCUAUGCGAAAACAUUCUUCGAUCUCGUGCACACCAAGACUGUCGCCACAGGUGGAGACAUCGACGCCAGCGUACAGCUCGAGGGGAUCGAGCAAAGCGGCCCUCUAAGGCACGCGAAGGCCGGUUUGCUGACUAUGCCAAUCGGCAAUCUGAGUUCCUUCGACCCGCGCUUUCAGAUCACUCUCGGUCCUACUCCGAACCUUGAUGGCAAGCAAGUCAUCUUCGGACAACUGCUGGCAUCACCAGGUGCUGCGCUGCAUCCACUUCACUGGGUAGAGGCUGUGAGCACCUCUACCGGCACACCCAGAGAGGAGGUGCAAGUCGAAGCUUGCGGCGAGUGCACCACGGAGGAGUGCCAGGUUCUUCUCGGAGCGAUGGUCAUGGCAGCGCAGGUGGACCGAACGUCAGAAAGUCAAGCGGACCGCUAUGGCCGAUCAGGCCUCUUGCAUGGCGAGUUGGAAGACGCAGUGACAAGCGAUAACUUGUCCCAAGUUCUGGAAUUGACUGAAGAUCUGCUGGGACAUCUUGAGUGGGCAUGCAAGCGCACUAUGGCUGAUAGCGAGCGUGACCGUAAAGCAGGCCUGCUCGAAGUGAAGUUGAAGUCGCUGAUGGCAGCCUUGCGCAAAGUGGCAUUCAAAGCAGGAGAAGUAAAUGGAUUUGAAAAUAGACUGGCCUUGGAUGCCAAAGGCCAGCUUGGCCGUGCCAAAGAUUUGGAGCAAUCACUGCUGCGUGUGUAUUAG